AUGCACCAUGUCAACGUCGUGGAGCGACCCAGUCUCGGUCGCUGUUUGGAAGCAUCCAUGAAAGUAUCUGCCGGUGAGAUCCUGGUUCUCGAGGCUCCCCUAUUUGUGUCAGCUCCGGUUGACGACAUGGGUCGGCUUGCCGAACAACUUUUCAAAACAGCCUUUGCAAAGCCCUCAGAUCUUCCGCUCGUCACACAACUUUUCAUAUCGAUUUUGGCAGAGAUUGUGAAGGGACACAAAGCUUCGGUUCUCUCGCGGCUUUCGCAACUUCGGGGGCAUCCGGAGCAGUGGCGCCAGACGGUAGGCCAGCUCCAUGAAUCACUGAGGGAAGAGCAUGUGAGCAAGGUGGAGCAUGAUGAGCUUCUGGACCUGUACUCCAAGCUUGCAGCAAAUGCACAUGAAACGGAUGACAAGCGAGCUGCCAUCUAUUCAAUGGGAAGCCUAGCAGAGCACAGCUGCCGACCCUCAGCGUUCAAACAUGUGCACGGAGAUGCGCAUGAACUGAUGAUCCGGGCUCUGACUGAUUUGGAAAUGGGAGACGUUGUGUCACUGGCGUAUAUACCAGAGUACUACCCUACUUGGCAUCGCCAAGAGCUCCUGCGGAGUUUCAACUUUCAAUGCCACUGUCCACGCUGCGCGGGGGAGGAAGCGGAGGUUGCGUGUGCUUUCGUCUGUCCAGACUGUGCUUCCCCUUGCUGCCCUCCGCGGCCCUGUCUGUCUCGUGGAGAUUUCGAAGCCCUCGUCUGCGAAGAAUGUGGGUGUCGAGUCGAAGAUGCGGAGCAACUGCAGGCUUUCCGAGAUGCAGAGCUUUGCGAGCGGCUUUGCGAAAGCUGCACUCCACACCUCCAUCCCUACCACUUCAAAAUCUUCCAGAUGUACCUCGGCAACCUGCAGAUGGUUUCGCCAGAACAGCGCCUGGAUAUUUUGGAGCAGCUGGAAGACGCGCACGGGCGCCUUGGCAACAGAGUCCAUCCCCUUCACGCAAAGUUCGAGGAGCUGGCGGCCCGGUCCUUGCAGGCCCUUAGCUUGGGCACAGGCAAUGCAGAGGCUAGUGCAGAGGCUCGUGCAGAGGCUGUGAGUGCGGCGCGCGCGUCCUGGGAGCGUGCUGCAGCGCUUUAUGCGCUGACCCAUGGGGAGGAGGCUGAACAGAGCCGGCACUGUCAGCAACAGGCGGCGAUGCUCGACGGCCCGGCUCCCGCACUUCCAGAGAGCUCUGAGUAG